AUGAAGCAACGGCACAUCCACACUGAGAUCCUGAGGUCCGAGCCUGUUGAGCCAGUACUGUGCUCUCAGGUGAAGACCAAACCCUGCCAUAGGGGCUGGAGAGUAGCAGGCCUGCUGUUGCUGCUCACGCUGCUCACUGCAGGGGCCAUGGCUGGAGGGCUUCUUGGUUUCAUGUACAGCCCUCCCAAGCCAUUGCUGCAGAUGCUCCGAAAGACCUUCCCGAGCUCCAGGGUACCCUGGCCCAACCAAACCACUCUAGUGGACCUGGCUCAGAACAUGGCAACCAUCGUGGUGACUCCAUUUCAAAGCAACCACAGCUGGGCCGUGCUGUUUGACGGGCAAAGUGGCUACAUCUGUUACCGCCCAGCAGAGCACCAGGCCUGCUUCCUCCGUCUGAUGGAAGCCCAAGAUCGGGAGACCCUGCAGCUGCUGCUGAACACUUCCAGGGUAAGCAGUACUACUUGGCUUGCCACCCACAAACCCCCAAGGCCAGAGGAUAAACAAAAGGUCCUCUGUGUGAUCCAGCUGGGCCAGCCAAGGCUCUGGUUUCAGGGGAACAGAAAGCUCUAUCUUCCCCUGACUAAAGCUGUUGACAAGGGCAGGUGGAAUGGCCAUCAGGCUGGGGUGGGCAUGAAUACCCUACCCAACCAGGAGCAAGGAAGUACUAUAUGGUGGCCCACCAGAGUCUUUUUGCAGGCCCAAGAGUCACAUGUACCUGGCCAGGACACCCACUAUGCCCAGGAACUGCUGGCAGUUUUGGGAGGCCAUACUGUGGACCCUACCCAAGUGGGAGCUUCAGUGCAACACCUUUGUGUAGACACACCCAUCUACUGGGCCCGAUGGGCAGAGGGGCCCCAGAAACAGCGGCUGAUCUACCUCUGCAUUGACAUCUGCUUUCCGAGCAACAUCUGUGUGUCUGUCUGCUUUUAUUACCUCCCAGACUAAGACCCCU